GGCCGGCCGUGCGCGGAGCGGGGCGCGGAGCAUGGCGCGGGCGGCGGCCGGGCUGCCGCGGCCGAUCCCGGGGCUGGGGCUGGGGCUGGGGCUGGGGCUGGGGCUGCUGCUGCUGGGCGGCCUCCUGCUGCGGGGCGGCGCGGCGGCGGGGGCCGGGGUCGAGCCGUGCCAGGCGCCGCGGCAGUGGGAAGGGCGCACCGUGACCUACGAGCACGGCACGGGCCGCAACACACGGGCCGCCGUCUCCUACGACGGCCCCAACCAGCGGCUCCGCGUCCUGGAGGAGAGGAAGGCGCUCAUCCCCUGCAAGAAAUUCUUUGAGUAUAUAUUCCUCUACAAAGAUGCAGUGAUGUUUCAGAUUGAACAAGUUACAAAGCUUUGCUCAAAGGUUGCUCUGACAGAGCCAUGGGAUCCAUAUGAUAUUCCUGCCAAUUCAACUUACGAAGAUCAGUACUACAUUGGGGGACCUGGAGACAAAAUUAUGGUACAGGAAUGGUCUGACAGAAAACCAGCCAGGAAAUUGGAAUCGUGGGUUGGCGUUUACACAGUGGCAGACUGUUACCCUGUACAGGAAACCUACACGAAGAACUACAGCGUGACAACCUCCACUCGCUUUUUUGAUCUACAGUUGGGCAUUGCUGACCCCUCGGUGUUCACCCCACCCAGCACCUGCCAGACAGCCCAGCCAAGGAAGAUGGAAGGUGAAUGCUGAUGAUGGACUCUGGCUGCCCCUGGCAAACACAUAUUAGCCAAGAGGAUGGUUUAUUAAUAGCUCCUGACAUCUAACCUUAUUUUUCAAGCUUAUUGUGGCUUUUCUGGGAAUUACAAGUUUUCACUUGAAAGAGAACAUAAACAUCUAACUGAGUAAAAUAUGUAACACAGAAGUUCUCUUUCAUCACGUUAAUCUGUUCAGUGAUGCACUUGCAGUAUUGUAUAGUGACCACUAAGAUAAUAUUUAUAGAUAGUAUUUAUUUAAGCUGUGGCUGAUUUUCCUUUUAUAAAGGUUUGGUUAUUUAUUUUUUCAAGAAGACAAAGCGUAAGCAGAAUGCAAUAAUGGGAACAUCUAGAAGGAAGAGCUAGAUUUUGUUGUUGUUGUUGUUACUUCUGGGGAUUUGAGGGAAGGGGAAUAUGCUCUGGGUAAGACCUCAUCCCUAACUGAAAAAUACCCCGUUUUAAACAAUACACAUCAAAAGUGUGGAAAUCCAUUCUAUUGGUUUAGUUUUGCUUUGUGUCUUUUAUUUACUGCCCAUCAGGAAGCUGGUAUCCAAUGUUUGAGCUGAUUUUUUUCUUUCUGAAGAGAAACUGGUGUAACUAUUCAUGUAAUGCUAGCUGACACGCAAAAAAUACUUGCCUGGUUCUUGGGAUAAUGGUGUGAAAGGAAGGGAAAGAGAGAGAGGGACACCCCCAAAAAAGGAAGCCAAAGUUUUCUUGUGUUUACUACACUUUUGGUAUUCCAGGAGUGCACGAUGAGACAUUUUUCAGUCACAUUUUACUUCAGCACUCACUUUUCAAGACAAUACUAGUUUUAACCUAUGCAAAGAGAUUGAGAGCUACUGCGUUCUAAAUGGCUUUAAUCUUUUGUAACUAUUUUCAGAAGUUUCUAUACUCAAAAGAGUAUAAAAACACCUUUAUAAUUCCAGGUAGAAGUGAAAAAAAGCCGUUCUUAGUAUGUAAUUAGUCAAGGCUAAUUCAGUGUUCACACAGUGCCUGGUGAUGCAGGUGGAGUGAAAGAUGGAGCUGUGCGACCAGUGUGGGGAGCUGGGAAGAGGAAUGAGAGCGAGAGGGAGAAGUUUUGGAUGUCCCCUGCGCAGUGUGGCUGCAAGCUACCACAAUCCAAGCAGAAAUGACAAUCUUGCUUCCUUUUGCUCCCACUCCAUUGAUGUCUGCCUUAUUUGCUGCUCCAUCAGCAUCUCAAACCUCAGUUAUUAACUCUGCAUCCUCUUCCGGUGGGCAGAGUGAAAGUUUCUUUAAGGUGAAUAAAUAACUAACCAAAAAAAGCUUGUUUUCUUUUGCUUUAGAGAACUCAAACCACAUCUUUGUGCACCUUCAGGCCCUCAGAAGUGUGGAAUGGUGAUGGGUUUUGCCGUUUUACCAAAUGAAAUGAAUUGGCUUAUUCUGUAAGUCUAGGCAUGCCUUUUAGUUAUUUGCAAAUAUAUUUAAAGCCAUAUUCUUGUCCUCUUACACAUGUAGAGUACUUGUUUGCUUCAGAAGUUGUCUGACUGCAAACAGUGCCACAGUGGGAGCUUCGGUGUCUCUGGAGAAGAGAUGCUGGGAAAGGCUUUUAGUGCUUUAUAUGCUCAUAGCUUCUUGUACGUGAGCAAGUGGUACAGCAGUUAUUUUGCUUUCACAGCUGUGGUCAGAAUGGCAUUUUACUUUGCCUUCUGCCUGAUGAAAGCAUAUACACAUAACUGCUAAAAUGUAGGUAGCUGAUUAGAACUUUUCCCCUCGACAUGACCAUUCCAAUGAAACUUGCUAGCGGAAAGAAAGAUUGGGUUUCCUUGGAUUUAGAGUGCAUUUAGUCUGUGCUCGCCUUCUGUAUUUUUUGUGACAACCUAAAUGCUAACUGCAUAUUGUUCUCAUUAGGGCAAUGAUUAACACACAUUUCUUAAUAUCUGUGUCUUGCUGGAAUCUGGAAAAUAUAAUAAAUCUGGCUAGCAAACAUGAAGCUGUGGUACUGCAUCGCUUGGGAUGACUUUGUUGUGGUACAGCAGAUAGCUGAGUAAUCAGGGUGUUUGUAUUAUGUUUUGCUGACAUUGAUAUCAUUUCUAGCAAUAACACUAAAUGUUCCUUUAAUAUGAAUUUGCAAAAGUCUGGUACAGAGAACAGAGCAAUUUUACAUGGCUAAGUAAGCACCUCUAAAAAAUCCUGUUGUCUUCAUAUUUAUGCUUUGCAAAUUCAAUAAAGAGAGUUGUCAAAGAGA